GUCGGCGGCGGCGGCGGCGGCGGAACUGAGGCCGGAUGUGCCAAGAUGGCGGCGUUGGGGGGGACUGGGGCUGCGGCCGCGACGGGGGGCGGCGCUCGGUGCUGAGGGGCUCGGCCGGAGGCGGCUGCCAGAGUGGAAGAAGGAAUUUGUCUCCAGCGUUCCCUGCUAGCUUUUCAUCUGGUAUCUGACCCUGCUGGAAGGCCACCAUGCAGCAGCCUCCGCAGACUGUUCCAGCAGGAGCAGCAGCUCCACCUCCUGCAGGCAUUGCUCGCAACACGUACUGGAGGAACACGUCGCUCAGUAAACGAGCAAAUGCAACAGCUGCCCCGGUGCAGCCUGUGACAGACCCUUUUGCCUUUGGCAGACAAACUCCACAGGGUUCCCCUUUAGAUAACCCAACCAAGGGCAAUGCAUUGGUUAUGCAAAGUUCCUCCCCAGCGGUGUUUCCGCAGCCAGCCGUAGUGCAUGCUUUGCCGUCACACGCAGGGGACAAUCCUCACGGACUGCAUCCAUCUCUGUCUGUAUCUCAACCAGGAAUAAACAGCAGUAUGUUUUCUAAUGUUCCAGUUCCUGCACCGUCCCCAGGAUAUGUUACAAAUAGCACUACAGAAGUGCAUCCAAAUGCAGAUCUCGGACUCCAUGGGUCUGCAGUAGCAUCGCAUUAUAAUGCAGGAACAGCACUUGAAAAUUCUUUCAGUGUGCAUCCUGGAAUGGUGUCUGUGUCAAACAAUCCUGGAGGUAGACAAGAUGUGAACAGAGAUCCCAGCGAUGUUCCUUCUGGACCCACUGCAACAGCACUCUUCCCUCCAGCUCCUCAGCAGCCCUUGUCUCAGUGGAGACCUGCUCAAGGUAACCUGCAGUCUCCAGUUCAAAACUUUGUGCCCUAUCCUGAGCCACCUUCUCAGACUGACAUUCAUAACGUUUCCCAGUCUUCUGUUAGCACAUCUCAUCCUCCUCCGCAGACGAAUUUACAGCAUGGUCCUGUACAUCAGGGGAUUCCACAAAAUGCUGUGCAAGCGCCUUUAUCCGUUGGUUGUGAAAAGAAUGGGAAAAAUGGCUCUGCAAAUAGCGGUCAUCACAUGAACAGCGUUCAGCCUGGAGAUGUCUUUAGACAGAACACAGAAAUGACGAAUGCUUGGUUAAAUCAACCUUACCAGGAGCAGUUUUACCCACAGCCACCGUUGCAGGAUUCCAGUUCUGUCAUUCCUACAGCUCAGGAAAAUAACCUCCAGAAACAGUCUCCAGGUAUGUCUGAAACAUCAAACAGACCUGUUCCCACAGACCAAGACUCAGGAAGCCUUUCCAUGUUUUUCAAAGGGGAUGAGACAGAAAAUGAAGAAAUACUUUCGUCUGAAAAGAAUUACGUGGUUGAGAAAACUGAGUUUGCUUGUCAACCACAUUCAUCACCCUUAUAUCACCAGCCAGUGCAUCCUCAGCGGGUUCCAGCUAAUGCUCUCUCUCAGGCACAGAUUGGUACAGGUUCAGCCAACGAGGUGAUACAAAAAGGAAUGGAUGCCCAGUAUUUUCCUAAAAUUCGGAGUCAGCAGGAGGCACAGGCUGCUAAGCAGUCCAUGUUUGCCAGUGAUGGCAAAGCAGGUGUGGGUGAUGCGCCUUUGAAUUGUGGGUCACAGUAUGAAAAUGUUGAGAACCUGGAGUGCAUACAGAACCAAGAGGUGCUGCCAAGUGAGCCACGUAACAUGAAUGCUUCAUCCCCUUCUGCUCAUCCUGAUCUGUACAGAUAUGGAUCCUUACCAGGUCAGAUGCUUCCAAAGAAUGCUGUUUUGAGCCAUGCUGAAGGAGGACCAAAUUUGGAAGCACCUGAUUCAUUAGCUCAUCCUGUACGACCAGAUAGCGUGUCUUCAAACUAUAGCAACAUUAGCCAUAGGAGCACUUCUAGCUCAGCAAGACCUCAAGAACAAAUCGGUACGUUUAUUCAGCAAGAAAGUGGGAAGCCCGAUGAGGAAUCUUCUGCUCGCUUCUUUAAACAGAUAGACUCUUCUCCUUUGGGAGAUGAUUCAAGUGAGAUAAAUCCAAACAAGAGCUACCAUGGUAACCUGUCCCAGCCUCCAACUCCAAGUCCUCCUAAGCCCACAGGAGUGUUUCAGACAAGUGCAAAUAGUUCUUUUGAGCCCGUGAGGUCCCAUGGAGUUGGUAUAAAACCUGCAGAGAUUGACCAAGCAAAAAUGGUGGUUGAAUUGAGGGAGAACCACCCAAACCAGAAGAACACCAAGAAGAAUACAGCUAUGCCUGCUGCAUCACCAGGCAAUCUUGAACAGCCACCGGAUAAUCUAGAAACUAUUUUCAUGCCUCAGGUAUACCCUUUGCCUCUUGCAGUCACUGGUGAAGCUGGAAAUAUAUUGCACUCUGGACCUGUUACAGAAAACAUGCAAUCGUUGUCUGAGAGAAGGUCCUCCACGAGAGCUCAGGGAGCAAUUAAGAAGUGUGAUAGCCCGGCAACAACUUUGUGGGCUCACAAUGAGUUACCUAAUUUUGGAGGAAAUGUGCUUCUAGCUCCUGCUGCUCCUGCAGUUUAUGUACCUGCCAAACAAACUGUGGAAGUCAUUCAGCCACCAGAAGAAGGCCUGUCUAAUCAGCAGCCAAACAAACCAGGGAGUAUUGCUGUGCAGCCUUCCCAAGAUGGAAAUAUAUCAUCUGAAAAUCUUGAGAAUCCUCCCAAAAUGGGAGAAGAAGAGGCACUUCAGUCUCAGGCAAGUUCUGGUUAUGCAAGUUUGUUGUCUUCUCCGCCUACAGAGUCUUUGCAAAAUCAGCCUAUCCUAAUUGCUCAGCCUAAUCAAAGUUAUAACUUGGCUCAGCCAAUUAAUUUUCCUAUUUCUCUAUCUAAUCAGCUAAGCAGCAAUGAGAACAGUCAGCCAAUGAAGGAUUCCGGGGUUGGGGACAAGACUUCGGUUGGUCCCCAAACAUCGCAUGCUGGUGGAAUCAUCUCUGGGGAGAAUGCGCUGUUGCCUGUGAUGCAAGCUGGAUCUCUGUUAGCUAAUGCUCCUCCAAAUAGCAAUCUGUUAAAACAUAAUUUAUUACAGAGCCCUGUUAAUUCCUCUGAUAUUGCUUCUAAUCAGCCUGCAAACUUGCUCAUGAAAACACCAUCAAAUUUAGCUCCUGAAGGGCAAAAGAAUGUUAAUUUUGAAGGUUUUGUUCCUGAAUUUGCUAGCAAGUCAGGGGCUAAUUCAUCCAUCUCUCCUGGGAUGAAUCUUCCCAGUGGAAAUCCAAGUGCGCUGCUUCCACCUGUUAAUUCUGUAGUACAGACCAAAAAUUCUGUAAGUCGUGCAAAUAGCAAAGAAGAAGCUGCUGGAGUGCUUGAUUUUACAGUGUCACGGACCCUGGAGAAAAACAGUGCAAGUAAUUCUGUGCAGGUGCAUAAUCAGUUGCUUUCUGGUGGUCCAGUGUAUCCUCAACAGCCAGUUGGAGGUGCUGGUCAAGUGGGUCCCGAGGUGCGUGACAAACAACAUUUCUAUCAACAGGUGACAAAAGAUGUACAGCAUCAGGCUGUGCCAGAUAGAGCUGUACAGGGAGCAUUGCCAUCCCAGCCACAAAUGCAGGCAGCUCAGAUGCCAACAUCUUCUGGGCAGUCCUCAGUUUCUUCAAACUACCAGACUGCAGCAGGGAUGAAGGGCAUGCAGGUGUCCCAGCAGUGUGAGAACCAGGAGCUGAGGAACCAAGAGACAUGUCCAGCACAGCUGCCGAGCUCCGAUAAGCAGCCGGGUUCUGGACAGCCAUCGAGUGCUGUGGCUCCCACAGCUCCUACCACCACCAGUCAGCCAGUGCAGCCAAGUGCACAGCAAGACCUGCAGCGUCCUCCCCUGCCUCAGACUCCUCAGGAUGCCUUUGGACCACAUCAGAAUUCUUACUACUACUACAGGCAUCCUUACGAUGCUUACCAGCCUCCAUAUCCACAACCUUAUCCUGCUGCAGAUCCCAGAGCAGCGGCUCAUCUGUAUUACCUGGAGGAUAGCUAUGGACAGUAUGACCCACGGUACAGGUACUACGACAACAGCAGCACUGCGUAUAUGGAGCAUGGGAAUUACCGGUAUUCUGAGCCUGAACGUCCCAGUUCCAGAGCCAGUCACUGCUCUGACAGGCCCUCUUCUAGACAAGGAUAUCCUGAAGAUUAUUAUGCAAAAGCUGGAUGGGCUGAUUACUAUCAGGGCUAUUACCAAGGCACAUAUGAUUAUGGAGAUCCAAGUCUCUGGGAACGUUACUCAUCAGCUUAUGACCCCAGAUACAGAGAUCCUAGAAGUUAUGACCAGAGGUAUUUGUAUGAUGGUGAACACAACACUUACCAGAAGAGAGAAGCAUAUUCGUAUGGCAGCAGACAUGAGCGAUAUGAAGAUCGUUGGAGAUACGACCCUCGUUUUACUGGAAGCUUUGAUGAUGAAACAGAGCCUCACAGAGAUCCUUAUGGUGACGAGUUUGAUAGGCGCAGUGUUCACAGUGAACAUUCCGGUCGCAGCCUGCGGAGCUCCCACAGUGUACACAGUCAUCGGAGCAGCUUCAGCUCUCGUUCACAACAAAGCCAGCUCUAUAGAAGUAACCACGAUUUAACAGCUAAUGCAUAUGAAACUACUGCACAGGCAGUGUCACUGCACACAGAUUACCCAUAUGCUGGAUAUGCUCCUAACUUCGAUGGACAACAGCCUUUUACAGAUUAUGGCUACUCGACUGAAACUGGAUGGUCAGCUGCAGAUCAAGUGCCCUUAAGGCCCUCAACGCCUGAGAAAUUUUCAGUGCCUCAUCUGUGUGCCAGGUUUGGUCCUGGGGGCUUCUUAAUAAAAGUAUUACCAAACCUGCCUUCAGAAGGACAGCCAGCCCUGGUUGAGAUACACAGCAUGGAGACUAUGAUGCAACAUUCUCCAGAGCAAGAAGAGAUGAGAGCUUUUCCUGGUCCUCUUGCUAAAGAUGACACCCAUAAAGUGGAUGUUAUUAAUUUUGCACAAAAUAAAGCUACACAAUGUUUUAAAAAUGAAAAUUUAAUCGAUAAAGAAUCUGCAAGUCUGCUUUGGGACUUCAUUGUACUGCUGUGCAGGCAGAAUGGGACUGUUGUGGGAACAGACCUGGCUGAACUUCUGCUCCGAGAUCAUAAAACAGUAUGGCUUCCUGGGAAAUCCCCUAAUGAAGCAAAUUUAAUUGAUUUCACUAAUGAGGCUUUGGAACAAGUAGAGGAGGAAUCUGGUGAAGCCCAGCUCUCAUUUCUCACUGAUAGUCUUAUAACCACAAUUGACAGUCUGGAGAAAGAAACAGAGAGAUUCAGAGAGUUGCUGCUUUAUGGACGCAAGAAGGAUGCUCUGGAAUCAGCCAUGAAGCAUGGCUUAUGGGGUCAUGCUCUGCUACUUGCCAGCAAGAUGGACAAUAGAACGCAUGCAAGAGUUAUGACCAGAUUCGCCAACAGUCUCCCAAUUAAUGACCCUCUGCAGACUGUUUAUCAGCUCAUGUCUGGAAGGAUGCCAGCUGCGUCCACGUGCUGUGGAGAUGAGAAAUGGGGAGACUGGAGGCCACAUCUAGCAAUGGUGUUAUCCAACUUGACUAAUAAUGUGGACUUGGAAUCCAGGACCAUUGCUACCAUGGGAGACACUCUUGCUUCUAAAGGCCUGCUGGAUGCUGCUCACUUUUGUUACCUUAUGGCCCAAGUUGGUUUUGGAGUUUACACAAGGAAGACGACAAAGCUUGUCCUAAUUGGAUCAAAUCACAGCUUGCCAUUUUUGAAGUUUGCCACCAAUGAAGCUAUUCAAAGAACGGAAGCCUAUGAAUAUGCACAGUCACUAGGAACUCAGCCUGGCUGCUUGCCUAAUUUCCAGGUUUUCAAGUUCAUCUAUGCUUGCCGACUGGCUGAAAUGGGACUUGCUGCUCAGGCUUUCCAUUACUGUGAAGUGAUUUCCAGGACUGUACUUAAAGAUCCACAGUACUAUUCACCUGUACUUAUUGGCCAGCUGAUCCAGAUGUCAUCGCAGCUGCGCCUGUUUGAUCCCCAGAUAAAAGAGAAACCAGACCAGGAAACCUUUGUUGAACCUUCAUGGUUAGUGAGGCUUCGACAUGUGGAUGGACAGAUUAAGGAGGGUGCAAUAGCUUAUAGCACAGACAGAUCCACGCCACAACAGUACCCAUGCAGCACACCAAGCUCUGAAUUAGACCAUACCAGUCAAUAUGAUGGAGCAGGAGUUGGCCAUGAUGUGGGUCCAGGCCCUGAAAAUGCAUUGUUAGCAUCCUUAUUGCCCAAUAUGGCUCAACAGAUGCAAAGCGUGCAGCUGAUGCCUUCAGCUCCUCAAGCUAUACUUGAUGGGUCAGCUGCUGGGAUUCCACCUAGUGACCAGGAAGCUGUCCAAAGUGUCCCUUUCUACCCUGUGGCUUCCCAGCCUAUUGGUCCAGGACCUGGCUUUGCACCUCCAGGAUUUUCAAGUCAGUAUGGAGCUGAGCCAUCACCAUUGUAUUUAGGGUCAAUGCUACCACCAGGAGGGCCACCACAAGAAUCUGAACCACGGGAAGAAGAGCAGACAAACCUGGAAACAGGAAUGCAGAGAAUUGCCUCAGAGUCUCCUUCACGAAACUCCUUCCCUGAGCAGAGAGAGGAGGAUUUCUACAGCAGAAUGGCUAGAAUGGCACCAGAACGAAGAUCCAGAUCUGCAUCUCAAUCUUCAGCAUAUAUGGGCUAUGGACAAAGAUCCCGGACAACAUCAGAGUCCUCUGCUCAUUCUGUGGGACGAGAGAGAUCUAACUCUGCAGCAAAACAGCCACCUCCUUCUCCACCUGUUCCUGUAGGGAAAGAGACUAAGAAAGAAGUGAAAAAAGAGCCAGCAUCUAGAAAGACUGGUGCAAACUGGUUUCGCUGGCUGAUGGGAAAAGGAAAGAACGAAGCUCACCUUCCAGAUGACAAGAACAAAUCAAUUGUUUGGGAUGAAAAGAAGCAGCGCUGGGUUAACUUGGAUGAACCGGAAGAAGAGAGUAAGCCUCCGCCACCACCUCCAACAGCAUUUCCCAAAGCUCCUCAGGCUGCUCCAUCUGGGCCUGGAGGCCCACCUAGUGCCCCUGUCAACAUGUUCUCUAGAAGAGCAGCAGGAAGCAGAGCCCGUUAUGUUGAUGUUCUGAAUCCAGGUGGAACCAAGUCAAGUGGUGCUGUUCCUGCACCAUCAGACCUAUUUGCACCACUGGCACCAAUGCCAAUUCCUGCAAAUGUAUUUGUUCCAAACGCAGUUCCAGGGGACCCUCAGCCAGUGGAAGGGAGUGGUGCAGGAGAGCACACACCAGCUGCAAACCAAACCAACACAGAUCCUUCUGCAGCUGUUGAUCAGGAGUAUUUAAACCCUGCAGUCCUUCCACCUGGAUCUGGGCUUCCUGUUUCCAACCCUGACAGCUUCCAACCAGGCGAGCUUUCGCGCUCUAGUUCAAUGAGUUCAUUAUCACGUGAAGUAAGCCAGCAUUUUAAUCAGCCUGCCCCUGUCCCGCCUUCAGGGGAGCCAGCAGCAGGAACAGUUCAGUUCUACAACCCUUCUCAGUUUGCACAAUCUCCUGCAGUCACUGGAAGUUCAAGGCCAGGAAGGAUUGGGCAGAGAAAGUACCCGACGCUGAAGUAGCAGGUGAUGGCUUCGUUUGGAGUUCUCAUUCACCUCCUGGAUAUAUGAAGAACUGUUCAGUCUUACAGCACGUGGUAUCAGAUCUGGCUGCAGGUGACAUGACAGUAAUUGAAUGAUGGAUGGUUUGGUUUUUUUAUGGGUCUCCCUGCUUGCACCUCAUCUCCAUAAAUCAUUACCAACUGUGGAAUAUAUGUAACUCUUCCUUUUAAAGAUCUGGCUAGAAAUAGCUUCGCUGUGAUAAAGAAUAGACACGAGGGAAGAAAUAGUUGUUGUCUGUUACAAAAACCAUUCAUAAAUUGCAAUGGCAGUUUAUUCCUUCAAAUGAUUUUAACCCUUUUAGUGGGACUUUUGGAGACAUAGUUUCAGGGAUUCUUUAAUUUCUGAAGGAUGCUCCCCUCCCCAUGGGGAGAAAACACGUCCACGUUGUACCAUGACACUCUGUGGCCUUAAGAGGACCAUGCACAAUUGUAAUGCUUACAAAACAGGUUUAUCAGUGUAUGAAAUUUGAGUUGUUCAUCUGGGAAAUGCCUCAUGUGCUGGGGGGGGUGGGAGGGGAAGGGGGGCCACAGCUCAUCCAAAUAAAUCGACCUAUAUUGAAUGAAAACUGUGACUGUAAUCUAAUCCUAAUUUGAUUUGGAAUCUUAUCUCGUAUGUAUGUAGUUUGUGGUUUUAGACUACUUGUAAAGCAAAUUGUAUAGUCUGAAAGAAGCUCUGUGUAUAAUAGCUGACGCUGUACUAUUUGAUGAGUGAGUGUUAUGAAGUGCAAUACGGUUACUUUGCUUUCUCUCGAGCUUCUGGCGCUGAAUGGUUGAGGUGGUAACAGCUGGCGAGUUUGGUUUCUCUUCCUCUUCAAGGCCAGAAUCAGCAUAGAACUGUUCUUGACUUUCCAUUACUAAGAUAACCAAGGUCUUAUGUAGCUUACAGCCGAGUUGUACUAAAUGUAGGUGGAUCAGACCUCUACAGCUGGACUUUAAAAUGGUUAGGUUCAAUGUAGGAAACCUCGCAACCUAUGAUAUGCAACUUUCCACAUCGACUGAAGAAUCCGAAUCAUCCGCAAAAGAGAGAGAAAUAAACUUUAAAUAUUUAUUAAAUCCUUAGGCCAUAUUUUAUUUAGAAUUUACCACCGAAAAUCGGUUUUUUUGAUUGUUUAUUUUUUAUUAUUAUUUACUUGAAUUUCUGCCCAGGAAUAGAAGCGAUGUGAUUGUGGAACUGCCUGUGUUUGGUCCCUGGUUGGUUUUUUUCCUGUACAUGAGAUCUCAAUAGCCUUACAUCUGUUCCAAAGGGGUUAUGGAAAACGCUGGUGGGGUGGAACUGUGCAAAAAACCUGGUCUGGGCACAGCGUGAUGACUUUUCCUAUGGCUGAAGCUCCCUCUAGCUUUCUCCUUUCAGUAGAGACUGCCAGCCAUCUUAAUUCAAGCAGGCUUCCUUUGAGCUGGGAGCUGCUAUCUUUCCUAAGUGUAAGAUUUGACACUGUAAAUUCUUUAAAAUAAAGAUAUUUUGCGCUCUGGAGCACUUUCA